CCCGUGCAACCAAACGAAGCCUUAUACGGGGGACGGGUAGAGAUGCUCUCCUUGCCCGCUCCCUCUUCCGGCGGCCCUAGGGUUGGGUUGCAACGCCGCCACCCUCCCCCUAGCUUGCUGCCGCCUUGCUUUCCCACCGCCGCCGGCCCAUCUUCUCCCCCUCGUCUCUCUUGUGCUACCUUCGCCGCGCACCCGCCCAUCGGCAACACCUCUUCUUCCGUCUCCAAGAGUUGGCUGAGUGGAUUGCAGAUACAGGGAGAAGUUUGGUUUCGUCUUCAUGACAUGUGGGUCUUGUAGGACUGCCCCUGAGGUCUUGUCUGAGCUUAAGUAAUGGUGUUUCAUGUGCUCAAACGUCUGGGGCCUUUUGUACGAAGGAGUAUCCAGUACCAGUUGCCACAAUUGCCUCCCUGGGUGAAUGGACUAGGACCGCAGAACCACAUUUCUGCCAUUCCCAGUGCAGAUGAUGAAAACAAGGAUCCGAAGGAUAGCCAACAGGCUAAUGCAAGAAAGAGGACUGUUUUGAAGAAGAACGAAGAGAAGUUUCCAAGAGCUGUUAGAAAGUGGUGUUGGAUUAAUGCCGAGGAAGUACCUGGCAGACAUCCAGGCCGAUGGCGCAAAGAUCCCUAUGGUAAUGUGUUAUGCAAGAAACAGACAACGACGCUAGGAUUAAGCUACUUCCACUACGAUCAUAUUCAUCCAAGAUCAAGGGGGGGGAAAGGUGUCAAAGAGAACUGCCAACUUUUAUUGGCAUAUCUAAACAUCUUCAAGUCUAAUGACAUCAAGACCAGAGAGGAGAUGGUGGACAACAGUUAUCACAUUACAUAUUCAAAUGAGGAGCUUGAUCUGAUAGAGUGUAAUGUGUACGGUAAUGUUGUUAGACCUGGACAUGCAGAGACUGAUCCUGAAUGUCGCACAUAUCUCAAGAAGGAGAUAAAUGACAUGGCAAGCAUCAAUUGGACUCGCAGGACCAGAGCAUGCGAUUCUUUCACUGAAUUUUUGCUGGUUAGUUACGCGGUAGAGCAUGGGCUGAACUCGAAACCGAUUUACGCCAAGUUAAGUCCCAAGCAUUAAGAUCUUAGAGAACUUGUAGCUGCCAAGGAACUGCAGAAUGCGAGGAUGAACGGCUUGCCCUACAGAAGAAACUUGAUGAAGAGGAGAUCCAGAGCAGGAAGUUCAAAGCCAUCGCAUUGAUUUUGCUGGUCGCCAAGCUUAUACACUGUGAUUUUUGGUAGUAGUGUUUCUUGAAAACGGUAGACUGCAGUUUGAUCCUGUCGAGGUGUUCCUCCCGCAAAAUCUUAGCCUGAUCUCUAUUCUGGUUGUCCUUAGCAUGUGUGCUGUCCAACUGAGUUUCGAUCUGCGCAAUGUUUAGCUAAUCAAUGUUAAUUGGAUGGCCCUGUGCUCUUCUGAACUAAAAUCUGGGCAAAGUUUCUUAGUUGAACUUCCUCAUGAAAAUGGUAGCGAUCGAUUGGGGAGCUGUUCAUUUUGCAAUUACUGUGCAAAUUUUAUUGUGUCCUAGACACAUUUUAUGUUUCCUGCAUAAAUCCGAAUUUUGUGCAUGAGA